GUCCGCAACUUUAUCCUCCACCAAUGAUUUUCGUCUCUGAAAGUAACGGGGGAAGAGCUCUAAAUCUACAGGGUCUUCCUCCUUCAUCAGAGAGUUUCUGUAGAGAGGGACCAGUCACUAUCUCCUUCCUGUCUUCCCAGCUUAGCCGUCAACUGGUCCAGCUUCCCUCCUCUACCCUCCCCAUUCUCUACGCCUCCUCUAACUUGAACGACGUCGUUUUGACUAACUUAAUUAAUGGCCCAGGUGAAGCGAGCAACUCCAAAGCUGCAACUUUCUGGCAUCUUCCUCUCUCGCCUAUUAAAAGCUUCAAUCAAGCUCUUCGAUUGAAUUUUGGAAUCCAUAGAGGGGAAGAGCUCGGGUCAGUCUACAAUCUCGCACCUUUUCAUCUGGAAAAGAUCCUGGAAAAUGCUGCUUUGACCUUAAAUUCUUUGCUGCUUUGAGGUUUGAGUGCAUGAGAUAUAUGAUUUUUAUGCUUGUUGAUGCUGAGUAGAACAGUUUAGGCAGUACCCAUAGACCCCCUUGCCAGAAUUCUUCUCUGAAAAUUUUUCCCACCAGCACAUUCGACUUUCCUGCGCUGCUAGAGGAAGAUGAACGGGAUGUGUGAAAUUCAGUCAAGUCUGGCUCGAUGGCUGAACAACGGAGGUGCUGCUGGGGGAAAAAGAACAGGACGCGCGAAAAAGAACGAAGAAGUGCCGCGGAACUUGAAACUGAUAUGAAAGGCACAACUUAAACUAGUCCAAGCGACGUCGUUGAAGGGUAGAGGAGGGGUAGUGAAUGGCAGGGGCAGAGGAGAGAAGCUCCACCCGCCGUCAACCAGGUCUCCCAGUUUUAGCCAUGUGCGAAAAGUCUGAUGUGGUGCUAUUCUUUUUGGGGGGGAUUUGGGCCUUGUUUGAUGAGAAGAGAGAGAUAAUGUCCGCUGGGGCCUUUUUGUGGAAAUGCAUUUUGGAAUCCUGAUUUUGUUUGCUUCCGCUGCUUAACUUUUAUCAUUCACAAGAAGCCAUCUGGUUGAGCCGCCAAAUUUGAUUUCUGUAUUCAUAAGCGGUAGGCGACGGCUUCAUCAACUUCGAUGUCCGUUGUUGGGGUAAGUAAAAACAAGCCAUGCCUAUUGGCAAUUGGGUGAUUAAAGGACAACUUUCUUUUUUUUGGUUAAUUUGACAUACUCGUGCCAAAAUUACCAGGGCAUGGCGACGUUGAAUGGUUUAUUUGGCGGGACCGACAAAG